AUGGCAACACCAAAAUGGGGUUCCAUAGCCUACUUGAUAUUGCUUAGCUGGGGAGUUACCUCUGCUCUUAGGGUUAUUACUGGCAAGGAAAAAGAAAUGGUUGAUGAACCAGAGAAGUUUGUCUUAGGUGGACAAAUUGGAGGAGGGCUUGGUGGACAAAUUGGAGGAGGGCUUGGUGGACAGAUUGGAGGAGUUGGUGGAGGUACUAUUGGAGGUAGUAUUAGUUUCGGUCCAGGUUUUGGUAUUGGAGGUAGUAUUGAAGGUGGGAUUGGCAAUCUAGGUGGUGGUAGUAGCGAAGGUGAGGGUAACCGCGGUUGCCAAGGUCAUGGUGCUUGUAGUGGCCAAGCUAGUGGUAUUGGCGGUGGGGGAGGUGGUGGUAUUGGCAGUGGACUAGGUGGUGGUAUUGGCGGUGGCCUAGGUGGUGGUAUUGGAGGUGGGGUAGGUGGAGGUAUUGGCGGCGGGGGAGGUGGUUGCAUUGGAGGUGGCCAAGGGGGUGUUAUUGGUGGUGGUAUUGGCAGUGGUGAAGGCGGUGGUCCAGGCUUCGUCAUCCCAGGUUAUGGAACUCCAGGCUAUGAAAUUGGUGAUACUAAUGGCGGCCAAAUUGGUUCUGGUCUAUAUUGCACACCAAUUCAUUGCCCUGCUGCUACCUGCAAAGGAGUUCGUUUGUACUUUCAACAUGACCAGUCCAUGGAUGAUACCAAUGUCCACAAUAACCACUUCAAAGUAGACCAUGAGCCCAUGGAGGGAAGAAACAGCCAUGGAGAAAAUGGCAUCCAUGUCAAUGAGAUUACACAUGAACAAUGGAAGAUGCCCACAGAUGAAACCAGCAGCAAUGCUGAAGGUGAAGGGCAUCGAGAUCGCAGUAUGGAUGCCAUGGCCCCAGAAUCAGACUAG